UAUGCCGUCGCAAAGUGAACGUGAAAAUAAAAGACGCAAGACAACAAAAAGAAAGAAAGAGAAAGAAGCGCAGGGCAGCGGUAGCAUUGAAUGCUCUAUGGUUGCUGAGCGAGCGACCUCCAUUCCUCCUUCUAUUCGAAAUGAGGUACAACAUAGGAACGAACAUGCAAAUUUAGCCGUGUUUACGCGUUUGUCUGAGAAAGGGUCACAUUAGAUACGCUAAAAUAUUCCUGAUACUGCUUUAUAGACCGAAUUGUCUAUAUUAAGCGAUCUUUUUUGUUAUAAUAAUAUUUUAACGAAAGUGAUAACACGUUAAUCUUCUUUUUACAACUUAAACUUAAGUUUUUGUUAACUGAAAUCAUGUGGUCAUUAUAGUGCACUUUCAGGCAAUAUUUAAUUUAAGCAGAACAAUAACCGACAGAAUUAUACUAACUCAUACGCAAACAAGAUAAUACUUAAAUAACACAAUACUAAAGUGGUUAACGUGAUAAAUAUCCCGAAACAUAUAUGGUUAACGUAUCCCACCAUAAUCCCCCCAGUUACAAAAAUCUUCGUAAUAUACACUUAUUUCUUUUAAUUUAAGUAUAAAGGUAAAUGGUAAUAAAAUAGUGCUUAUGUUCACUUUAAAAAAAAAGGAUAUCCAUUUUGCGUAUCUACAUACAUUAAUUAUUUUAAGUUCAUUAAAAUAUGUAUUAAUUACUGCUGGUAAGGUUUUCGUUGUUAAAAUUCCUUUAUAAGGGCUCCGGAUUCAUUCUACUAAAAAUGAGAUUAUGCCCCGUAGAAAUAUGGUUUUCAGUCCUAAUAUACAAUUUCAGAGAUAAUAUUAUUGUGGCGAGCACUAUAUGUUCAUGCAUAAAAACAUAUAUCCUUUGUACAAAAAAGGAAGUAGACUGAGGUCAAAAUGUUAGUUUCUAACCCAAGAUAGCAUGAACAUACCGUAAAAAAUGGAUAAAUAUUAUACUAAUGAUAUAUUUUCUGAAAUAUUCUCUGAAAAUAUUCACUUUCAGAGAUAUUAACAACUUUGAGAUAAUUGUUUUUACAAUUACUUUAAAAAUAUAGGUUUAAAAAUGGUUAUAUGUUUCAGUGUACAAGAGUAUUUUUUGUUAUUUGUUUUUAUAACUGAUUUUAUAAUUCUUGGAGAAUUUGUUUCCGUUUUGCUGUAAUAUUUAAGUGUGUAUACACCCAUAAAGAUUAAUGCCAAUAUCAGGAAUAUUUCACAUGUUGGUAAUAUAUUUCAAUGGUUACUUUGCUUUUUUGUUGACAUUAAAGUGUUUGUUAUUGUUAUAGUAAUUGGCAACAUAGUUCGUGGAUCUGCUAUGCUGAUGCAGAAAAAGUGUGAAGAUGUAGUUUACUACCUCUACAUGACUUAAACAACGAUAAAUGAAAAAAAUUGAACAUAUGUAUAAUAAAAUAGUACAUGCAUUGUAUAUGGGAAUUGUAAUUCAGAUGGGUAUAACGCUGAUAAUAUAUAGGAAAUCAACACAUGUACAUGCUAUUUCCAAUCACUUUUCAGCAAGAAAAAAAACUAACAAAAAUCCCACCGAUGAAUACCAAUACGAGGGAAGAAGUGGAUGAAGGCAUCGAGUUUGAUGGAAAUUUAGACUCCACUCGACCCAAACUGGAAACGUUUCCAGGAAACGUUUUAACCAAUACUCAAUAUACGACAAAAGAUGGUGACUCCCGCCCCAUUAUAUAUCCAACCGAGGUAGAUAUACCGUGUUUGGUGUUCCAUAAGGAUUUUGGUAACUCUGCGACAAGCGAAAGUCAGCCAUCCACAGGCGAGGACUUCGGUAGUUAUUUUAGAAGUUGGAACUCUGAUAUAAUCAGAACGACCGCAACAGAAACUGAAAAAGCAGUAAUAGACGACACAGGUGACACGAGAGAUGGAACAUCUAGCUUCAUAAACGCAGUCCAUGAAGUCAGCAUUGGGAACUCAUGUUUUUCAGACAAUCCCACAAGUACUCAGCUGUCAAACGUUCACCACGUGAUCUUCUCCAGCGGAGAAGAACCUGGACGACCGGUAGUCGUAGAUUUAAAUACAUUAACGCAAGAAUUAGAUGCUCAGACAAGCCAAUUUGACAAGUACAAGAUUGAUGUUGCCGGCCUUCCUGCUUAUACAUACAGUCGAACUUCUAUUCAAGAAAUUGAACGGAAAUGCAGAAAACAUCUAACAAAAACAAGAUUCAGUGAACGUGACAGAGAAGCAUUUCUGUCUAAAGAUGUUUAUCUCUUUACCACUGUGAGACAAAAUAACAAGUUUAAGUUUGCCACUUCAAUGGACUGUCGCAUUGAAAUGAAAGAUAUUGCGAAAAAAAUGAACUGUACAUAUGCGCCGUGCGUUUUUGUUAUUCAAUAUAGGCAGCUCCGUAGCGUCGCCCAUAUUUUUGAAGAACUUCAGGAAAAGGGGUUGGAAUUUUGCGUCUUAAUACUUGGUCCUAAAUCUUGUAUUAAUGAUAUGCAAACUUUACACAAGCGACUGGUCGCAUUCGCUUCGAAAAGCGAUGUCUUUAUGAUAGGCCAUCAAUCUUGGAUUACUGAUAUGCAAACUUUACACAAGGGACUUGUCGCAUUUGCUUCGGAAAGUGAUAUGCAAGACGCUGUAGAUGGUCUUCUUGAAAGGUUUUCAUUUUCGGUAGUAAGAAAAUUGAUGGAGCAAAUUGAGAUAGAUGCUAACAUUGUCCCGGAUGUAUGCAAGACAGGUGAUUGUAAUGAGACGUUGCAAGAAAUCUAUCAACAAAUACGGGCGGCGUACAACAACAGUGGGGUACCUGAAGAUGAGCGACCAUUGAUUCCAAACAAUGAUUUCAAUUACCCCUCAAACGUAAACGAAAUUUCUCAGUUUGACCCUCAGGUGCCUGACGAGCCUGCGCCAGCCAGCGUGCUACCCCCUUCCCCCACUGCCACGGUAUCGGUAGCCCCUCACAUGCAGGCCCAAUCCACUAGCAUAGCUCCACCCCCUUCAUUGGAACAAACUCCUGAAAAACGAAUUGUCCUGACCUCCGAGGGCGUUUCAUCAGCGACUGUUGAGACUGCGCCAAAGGUUUUGGCUCCCCCUUCUCUAGGACGGACCGUCACCUUGGUAAGCCCGCCCAGAGUUGUUGCCCCGCCCAAAAAGUCGGAAGCUUCGCCCCCUGUGACCACACCCUUGACAACAGGGGAGGAAACUCCUGUGAAGCCGCCUACCCCGAUCUGUGAUGGUUUUGACCUGGCCAGUCUGGAUGAGCCGUCACCAGACACGCCCAGUUCACCCCUGGGCUACAUCCCACAGAUUGGGCGCGCUCCUGACCCCAGUAUUGAUAAAGAGGGCGCUGAACAUCUGCUGAUGAUGAAGGAGAAGCUGCGUCAAGAACGUGAGGAUGCCUCGAAAAUGGAGGAACAGACAAAAAUCUUCAAUCAAGAACAUGAUCAAAUCAAAGGUUCAGAGACAAAUAAACAAAUUUCUCAGUUUGACCCCCAUGUACCUGACGAGCCUGCGCCAGCCAGUGUGCUACCCCCACCCCCCGCUGCCACGGUAUCGGUAGCCCCUCCCAUGCAGGCCCAAUCCACUAGCAUAGCUCCACCCCCUUCAUUGGAACAAACUCCGGAAAAACGAAUUGCCCUGACUUCCGAGAUCGUUUCAUCAGCGACUGUUGAGACUGCCCCAACGGUUUUGGCUCCGCCUUCUCUAGAACGGACCGUCACCUUGGUAACUCCGCCAAUUUUAGCCCAAACACCGGGUAGUGUUACCCCUCGGACGAACAUUAACGACAUUCUGAAACAAGCAAGAGUGCAUUCUGCAAAUUUAGUCGAAGAGGAAAAAGUGGAGAAACCUACGCCUCCUCCACCGAGUUCAACGUUAGUCAGAGAAGACACUCCAAGAAACGUCUUAACCAAUCCUCAAUAUACGACAAAGGAUGAUGACUCCCGACCAAUUGUAUAUCCAACCGAGGUAGAUAUACCGUGUUUUUUGUCCGAGAAGGAUUUUGGUGCCUCUGCGACAAGCAAAAGUCAGCUAUCCACAGGCGCGGACUUCAGUCGUUAUUUUAGAAGUUGGAACUCUGAUAUAACUGGAACCACCGCUAAAGAAACCAAAAUAGCAGUUAUAGACAACACAAGCAACACGAGAUUUGGGACAUCUAGCUUCAUAAACGCCACCCAUGAAGUUAGCAUAGGGAACUCAUGUUUUUCAGACAAUCGCUCAAGUACUCAGCUGUCAAACGUUCACCACGUAAUGUCCCCCAGCGGAGAAAUACCUGGACGACCGGAAGUCGUAGAAUUGAAUACAUUAACUCAAGAAUUAGAUGCUCAGACAAGCCAUUUUGACAAGUACAAGAUUGAUGUUGCCGGCCUUCCUGCUUAUACAUACAGUCGAACUUCAAUUCAAGAUAUUGAACGGAAAUGCAGAAAACAUUUAACAAAAACAAGAUUCAGUGAACGUGACAGAGAAGCAUUCCUGUCUAAAGAUGUUUAUCUGUUUACAACUGUGAGACAAUACAACAAGUUUCAGUUUGCCACUUCAAUGGAUUGUCGCAUUGAAAUGAAAGAUAUUGCGAACACAAUUAACUGUACAUAUGCGCCGUGCGUGUUUGUUAUUGAAUAUAAGCAGCUCCGUACCAUUGCCUAUAUUUUCGAAGAACUUCAGGAAAAGGGAUUGGAAUUUUGCGUCUUAAUACUGGGUCAUAAAUCUUGUAUUAACGAUAUGCAAUCUUUACACCAGCGGCUUGUCGCAUUCACUUCGGAAAGUGAUAUGCAAGACGCUGUAGAUGAUCUUCUUGAAAGGUUUUCAUUUUCGGUAUUAAGAAAAUUGAUGGAGCAAAUUGGGAAAGAUACUAACAUUGGCCCGAAUGAAUGCAAGACAGGUGAUAGUAAUGAGACGUUGCAAGAAAUCUAUCAACAAAUACGAGCGGCGUACAACAACAGUGAGGUACCUGAAGAUGAGCGACCAUUGAUUCCAAAAAACGAGUUCAAUUACCCCUCAAACGUAAAUGAAAUCAGCGCUAGAGUUCUUCAAAUACAAGGUGUUUUUGCCUGUUUUAAAAACAACGGGCGACUGAAGAUAUAUAUUGAUAACACAGCUGUAAAAUCUGAAAGUGAGUGUACAAAUGAGGUUAUACAUAUUCUUGCUGUUUGUGGAUUCGACAAAUACUCGGUCUUUGUCGGUAGUUUGGAGCGUUAUUGGCAAGCUGGCGAUGCCAUUUCGAAUCCUCAGAUUGAGGCUACGUUAGGAGGAUUUGCUAAUAAGUGCAUCGUUUUAUCGCCACCUAUUAACCACUAUCAACAAGAAAAUGUACAGGUCCACAAUGACGAGCCCAUACUGGUAGCUCUAAUAUCUCGCCAUGUAGCUACACAUUUACAGUCUGGUGAUCUUAAAGUUUCCGACAAGAUCCUAGGACAUAUUGAUUAUAUACAUGAUUUGGAUUGGCUCGAUAUCGUACCAGUGGAUGUCGCUAAGGAAUUUCAUAACGAAUGCGAGACACGGUUUCGAACGGAAGAUGGAAUUUUGAAACAUGCAGAACUUAGCGGGUAUACAUUAGAAAAUCGAUCGCCAGUUCACAUUUGGGGAGCAAAAUCGGCACCUGGUUUGGGAAUUCUAUCAGAAUGUGACCCAAGCGAAUCAAAUAAUUACAUUUUUGUUGCGAGUCGAUCCGAUGAAAAUGUUUUCUGCGUCCCCGGUGACAGUGGUUCUAUUGUUUGUAGCAGGGACAGAAAAGGCCGAUUGUUUGCAUUAGCAAUCCUUAUUGGUAAAUUUAACCCAUCGAAAAUAAUAGAGCAAUCGCAGCAAAAUGGAAACUAUGCCAACAAAUACGAUGACAUUUCAGCAGAGGAGCAAAAACAAGAGUCCAACGAGCAUGCACAAAACAAAAAUGAGCAAACUACAUGCAUGGGAGACGAGACAGCACACGGAACAGACAAUCGCACGUUGAUAACUGAAACACUGAUAGAAAGCAGAGAAGGUCUAAAACUAGAGCCAACAUUUGUGGCGCUCAAUCUCUUAAACGCAUUUAAAGGGUUGUCUGAGAAAUACAAUUCUGAAUUCAGACUCUGUAGAGAAAAGGAAGAAGUGACAGCUUAAACAUAUGUAACUUAUUACGUCUAACCCGACGCACAAAUCAUACAAAUAUGUUCGAUUUUCGGACAAAUGUUACAAAAAUAUCUUCAAUAAGACCUACAUACACUUGAAGACUUUUCUACCGCAACACUUUUCAAACUUGAUAAUCUCAGUUAAGAUUAUGAUUUAAAAAAAUAUAUGUGAUCAUUUGACUAAAUUCUGAGCAAGCUUACGAUAAAAUCAUCCAUCCGUAAACCCACCUAAAUUGAUGAAAUUGAAAUAUAUUUAGAAUAAUAUCGCGUGUCAACAUUUCCACGUGCAAGAAGAUGAAACCAUACAUACCCCUCAUGCUAAAGCAUCCGAUCCUUACGGAUGAAUGAUUUUAUCGUAAGGUUGCUCAAAAUGUAGUCAACUGAUUAAAUGUAAAAAAUGUAUUCAAAAUCUUUAGUCAUAUCUGAGAUAUUCAAGAUUGAAAAGUGUUGCGUAAGAAAAAACUCCAAGUGUUUUGAAAGUGCUUAUAUAAAAAAUAGUAUUUACGAUCUUAUUUUCUUUUGUUCAAAACAGAAGGAGCGCUGAUAAAUACAAAAGCUACAGCUAAAAUUCCAAAGAAUUUGUUUCAGAAAAUAUAAGAUAUUGGAAAGAACAUUGCAAAUAGGUUUCUGCUGCACAGCACAAAACUCUUGCAUGCACACUAGACAUUUACUCAGUUGGAUACCCCGUACAUCUGUUUAGAAUCGUUCGUUCGACGUAUACUCAAUUUUAAAUCUCCAUAAAAAAACAAUAGUAAUUUUUGGCAUAAAAAAUAUGUUGGAUGUUGCGUCGUUUUCAACAGUAUUUUCUUUUGUGUUGAUUUAAUAAGUAUAAUAAUGAUCACGAGUGCUUAUGUUAGCAAAUUUUAUUUUUAGUGUUAUAGUAAAUAUGUGUCAUGUGUAAUAGCCAAUUGUUACCAUUCUUUAUGUUGUCAACCCUGUAUAGUAACUGUAAACGAUAGAAAUAAUUGAACGUGACAGUAGAUGUAAAAGUUGGCCUUUAAGAGUGAAAGAAAAGUUUGGUGAUUUUGGUCUGCAUUCAUACGUCCAAUUGCCUUUUAAUUGUAAACAUGUAUUAUCUGAUUUAAGACUUGUACUUUUGAACAGACCUGUUGAUCAAUGGAAUAAUGAUCUGCAGAGAGUUAAUGGUGUAAAUGGUAAUGUACGUAAUAAAUUACGAACAUAAAGGCUCUUUAAAGAUCAUUAUCAGGUUGAAAAUUAUUGUAGACUUACUCUUCCAGUUCCGCAUAGAUUGGCUUUAGCCAAGUUUAGGUGCGGUGUUGCCCCAUUAAGACUGGAAACUGGGCGCUAUGAAAAUGUAUCGAAAAAUGAAAGAGUAUGUCCAUUAUGUUUUAGUGCUGUGGAGUCAGAAUCUCAUGUUCUCUUAGAAUGAUCUACAUAUUUGUAUGAUAAAAACUUAUUAAUUGAAAAGGCUAAUAUGGUAAAUUGUAGCUUUCAUUCGCUAAACAACACUGAUAAACUCGAGUUCUUGUUUACACACCCAGAUAUGA